CUGGCAGAGUGGUUGGGAACUGACUGUGGCCAACUGAACCUGCUGUCUGUCCUGAGCUCCUUAGCACUGGCGAGGGAGGAGAGUGGUUCCAGCAGCCAAGAUCAGCACAGACUGCACACGUGUAUCAGUUCAGCUCUGCUGGUUGAUGGAACCUCUGUAAUCUUCUUUGCAGUGAAACGAUUUAAGGAACCCGAGGAAGAGAGGCGUCCCUGGAGGAUAUGGUUUUAUGACACCUCCAAGCAAGCCAUUGGUGCCCUCUUCAUCCACUUUGCCAAUGUUUUUCUGUCAGAUCUCACUGAAGAGGACCCUUGCUCUCUCUACCUCAUUAAUUUCAUCCUUGAUGCCACGCUGGGGAUGCUGCUGAUCUGGCUUGGUGUGAAGGUUGUCUCUUGGGUUGUGCAGCACAAGAAGUGCACGUACCUGGUCUUUGGAGAAUAUGGUGACCCUCCACAAGCUGCUGCCUGGAUUGGCCAGUGUAUUCUCUACCUGCUGAUAAUGGUUUUUGAGAAGACUGUGAUUAGUCUUGUCCUGCUUAUCCCUGGUUGGACAAAGCUUCAGCAGAUCCUCCUGGGUUAUAUCCCAAACCCCCAGCUGGAGCUUGUCCUGGUCAUGCUGGUUGUGCCCUUUAUAGUCAAUGCUGUCAUGUUCUGGGUUGUGGACAGCUUGAUCAUGAGGAAAUAUAAGCAGAAGGAUACCCUGGACAUCAAUGGAUCCAUAGAAGCUCCUCAGGCUAGGAGGACUGAGGAAUCCCAG